AUGCUGGGUGCUGGGUGCUGGGUGCUGGGUGCUGGGUGCUGGGUGCUGGGUGCUGGGUGCUGGGUGCUGGGUGCUGGGUGCUGGGUGCUGGGUGCUGGGUGCUGGGUGCUGGGUGCUGGGUGCUGGGUGCUGGGUGCUGGGUGCUGGGUGCUGGGUGCUGGGUGCUGGGUGCUGCGCGCUGGGCUGGGUGCUGAGUGCGCUGGGUGUUGCUCGGGAUUACUGGGUGCUGGGGAUUUCUGGGUGCUGGGGAUUUCUGGGUGCUGGGGCUUACUGGGUGCUGGGGAUUACUGGGUGCGGGGUGUUAUGUGCUGCGCAUAA